AUGGCCUCGGUUCGCUUUAUCCUUGGCGUCACGCUCCUGUGGAUCCUUUUUUGCUGGGGCCAUUCGGCCGAAUGGGAAGGAAUCCGCUCCGAUCCGAACCAUCCUGGUAAGUGCACCAUCAACCAGGGACUCGUCCUGAAUCCGGGUGUCAGCAUCAAGGAUCCCACGCACGAGUGCCGCAAAAUCGUGUGUGGACUCAACGGACGGGUCGUUUUCCACAGUUGCGGAGUGACUGUCCUGUCACCACCUUGCCGCCACGGUGAAUAUAUCAAGCCAGAGCUCCCCUAUCCGGAGUGCUGUAGAAGAGCUCAGCUCUGCAACUAGGCAGGCUGAUCUAUCG